AAACCUGACAGCGAGAUGCAGCGUGAGGGUACAAACCAAUGACAGUGAUUGGGGCGCCGUGGGCAUCCGGGCAGCGCAAUGUCUCUACUCAACGUGACAGUGAAAAAAGCCAAAUUCUGCGGCGCCCAAGCGGAGCAGUUCAAAACGUACGUCACACUCAAACUGCAAAACGUAAAAUCGACUACGGUAACUGUAAAGGGCAGCGAACCGUGCUGGGAACAGGACUUUCUCUUUGAAACUAGUGAUGGCGCCUGUGGACUGCUUAUAGAGGUUUGGUGCAAGGGUAUGAUUUGGGACAGAGCUCUAGGUUACCAGUAUAUCACACUAGACGAAAUACCGGAGGGCGGGCAAUGGUAUUUUCUAGAUACGGAAUUAGUUUUGAUGGACGGAAAGGUAGCGGGUACACGAACAGCCACAGAUCACAUGAUAGCACUGGAUUGUCGCAUGGAAACAUUGUACGUGGAUGUAACUCGUAAACUGGAGCUCUUUAAUGGAGUUGGAGAAAGCGAACAUCACUCCUACCUCGAGUCGCAGUACAGCGAAGACAGCGACUAUACUAGUGAUUUCAAUUACCCAUUAGGUGAGGCCAAUUCAUCAGCUAGUCAGUACAGGAAUGUUGAUACACCACAACGUAGUCUCGAGGUUAGUCGAGAUAACUCAUUAGAAGACCAUCAACACGUGUUAUCUCCUACAUCGGACUAUCCGGAACCACUGUUCUAUAAUAGUCGACCAUUAGUGCGAAAACAAAGUCUCGAGCGCCAGGAAACCCUGUACGAUGAGUUAGAUGAUGGCGUUUUGCAUUACACGCCACACAAGCGCCUUCCUGAAACACCGCGGCGGUUACCAGUGAUCAAAACGGCACGAUUGUUGCCAAUUCAACCGCCACUCAAACGUCGCAUGCCCAAUAUAGCGCACUUCACACGCCCGCCCGAGUCUGAUAAGUAUUGCGUGCCGUCCGUAAUUAGCGCGUGGGAGGAGCCUCGGCGAUUGCCGAAAAUCUUACCAGUGCCUAGGCUCCGUGACCCUGGCCCUGAGCCCAUUUUUCAUCAGUCACCAUUGCAAUCACCUGAUCUUCACGUCUUAUAUGACAGGCAAUUAGAAGUGUACGAAGAUGAUUUAGAAAUGGAAGAGUUAGAAGACGAAGAACAGGAGGAAGAUAAGAUUGAGGAAGAAGAAGAGUUUGAAGGAGAAGAGGAGAAUCAGGAAAAGAACAUGAGUGAGAAUGAGGCGGGGGAAGAACAAAUGGAAAAAAUUAUCUUAGAAGGAUCUCGGCUAGAGCCACAUAUUCAAUACCGUACAGCUCCAUAUCGUAUACCUGUUGAAGAUUUCUUCAAUGAAGAAGAUGAAUUUCGGUACUUAGAGCGGGAAGAAGCUUCUGCCGUUCCAGCUAUUUAUGAGAUCCGUGAAGAAGCUGAAGAAGAAGAGGAGGAGGAAGAAGAGGAGGAGGAAGUGGACGAGGUGGACGAGGUAGACGAAGAGGAAGUAGGGGAACCAGAGGAAGUGGAGUCCGAGAUUGAAGCUAUACUGGCAGCGUCUCCCAAAAGUGAUUCCACCUCCAUGAGACGUAAAACACAUCUAAGCGUGCAAGAGUCUUUCGAAGAAAUAGAGCCGGAACCAGAGAAAGUCUUCAGUCGUGGAAACAGUUUCAAGGAGGUGUCUCUACAGGAACGUAUGAAGGCCAUUCAAGAGGAUAUUACAAUCCAGCAGUCACCUCGUCUUGAUAAGACCAAAAAGCUUCACCGCACUGACACAGAGGAAAUCACCACCGUCCUUCAAGGAGGUUUGAUGGUACGCAAAUCGGGUGUAACUGCGAAACAGCGAUGGCACUGGGCCUAUAACAAAAUUGUAAUGCAGUUCAAUCCGUGGUUGUUGGCAGUUAUUUUGUCACUAGUGAUAUGACAGUGAAAUUCGCGCAAUCGAAGGAGUGCGGUUUGAACGCAUGCGCUGGCGCUGCUGUCACGGCAUGCGCUGGCGUGGCGCGAGGGUGUUGCACUCCCGGGUUAUUC